UAGUGGUUCCAAACUUUUGGACUGUACUGUAGACAAUGUUAAACUUAAAUGUAGCCUAUUGAUCUUUUCAUAAUGCAAUAGCUUUAGAGAUACUUUAACUUAAAACUCUAUCUAUCUAUCUAUCUAUCUAUCUAUCUAUCUAUCUAUCUAUCUAUCUAUCUAUCUAUCUAUCUAUCUAUCUAUCUAUCUAUCUAUCUAUCUAUCAUAAUGUCUACAUUCCACAGACUAAGUGCGCACUAUGUUCGUCUCAUGGUCCAGUGCGUAAAUACUCGCUUUAGCUGCGUUGUGCCACCUGGGAGCGGUAAACGCACCGCUAUUGAACUGAAUGAGCGGCGGUGACGCACAAGCUUCACGAACGAACCGGAUCAGACAGAUUUUGGCGUGUCACUGUUAGCUGUUACUGUCACCCUUACCGAAGUCGUUUGUCCAUCCCAGCUUUAAAAAGUUCUUCGCAGUCAUUGUGUGGGCGUUAAAGUGCAGAAGAAGAAGAAAACGGGAGGCAUGUGAAGUUACUGUCACUUUCACCAGAGAUGAAGAAUUCAGUGGAAGAUGAGUGCGCUGAUUCGGGAGCAGAGACUGGAGGGUGAUUUGUCCAUGGGGGACCUACAAGACCCUUUCCUAGUUUCUAUCCACAUCAUCACUGACCCCGGUCAGGCCAGAAUACUCCAGCAAGCUGCUGAUCAGGUCCUCUCCUGGCUCCACCCGGAUCUUACCCUCUUCAGGGUUUCAGAACGGGCAGGUGGUCUCUCUCGAAAGCCCAAGGUCCGCCUACAGCGCAUCACUGAACCGCCAUCACACCAGCCAGCCUUGGCCGUCAUCCUGUUUCUACAGGAUGAAUAUGGAGGUGAAGAGAGUCUUAAACGUCUCCACAGUCAGCUGAGAUGCCCACCAUGGCGAUACCACCACACAGAGCGUGUAAACGGGCGAGGGCUGUUACCCCUUUCGCCAGCCAGCCAGGACUUUGUUACUUUGGCACCAGGCACACCACUAUGGGCGCUUCGCCAGGUGCACUACGGCAAAGAGAUUGUGCGCUUUACGGUCUACUGUCGCUACGAGACCUACACCGAACAGGUGCGUCUGUACAGGCUGCUCCUGCGCCGAAGGCUUGCCCAGAAGAAGGAGGAUUUCUGCUUCUGUGUGGUCUACUCCAAUCCUGAAACAGAAAUCCAGCUGUCAUUCAAGCGGAUGCCCCGUGGCCAGAGCCCCGCCCCCACUGAAAAUGCAGUGAUGGAGAUUCGAGUGAGGGAUGUCGGUGAACUUGUGCCACUGCUGCCACGCCCCUGCACGCCCAUCAGUGACGUCCGCUGGCAAACCAACGAUUAUGACGGGAACAAAAUAUUGCUUCAGGUUCAAGGUUCACGCUAUUACCGCAGACAUACCAUUGCAAAGUUCUAUCACCUUCCUCCUGAAGAUCCUCCGGUCACUUCCCUUCCUCCACCAGAGCUGCCCCCUCCUCCACCUCCACCAUACGGUCGCGGCCCUGCUUCCUAUCGGAAUCGCCGUUACCACCGGAACUCCUCGUGUUCGAGGAGCCAGACCCUUCCGUCUCCUGUCACACACGCCUCCAGGACAUCUCCACCGACGCUGUGUGAUCAGGAGGGCCGUGUGGAGAGGCUCCAGAGGGAUGUGGAACUCUUUCGGGCUGGAUGGACAGGCCACCGCACACAGUCCCUCUUUUCUCUGCCUACAGAUGAGUCCCGCUCCUCGUGUGCCUCUCCGUCAAGCUUCCGUCCUCGCUGCUUCUCUUCCAUGGCUGCUCCAAUUUUCCGUGUCAAUGUCGAUACGCUAGUGGGAGCCGAGGAGACAGAUGUGGACACGGGACAAACCAUCAGCGGUAGCUCUGUGGACCUGUCGGUGGUCUCAGGUUAUUCCCAUCCACAGCUGAGGCCCCGUCGAAAGGCCCCAGCCCCACGGCCCAAGUCUGCUCCUCCAAUAGAUGGAGGUCUUGACUUUUCUGAACUGACCUAUAAUAACACCUCCUUCUCUAUAAGACAGACACCUGUGCCAUUUAGAACACAGAGCGUCUCUGCAAAAUCCACACCUUGUGUAGUACACAAACCCCAGCCAAAGAAUGUGUGUGUCUCACAGCCGGAUGCGUUGCAGAACAGAGGACAGCAGAACAGCAAUGGUAUCACAACAAUAGAUGACUGUAGUCAAGAAGGCACUGCGGAGGAUGAGCAAGAAUUUUAUAUCUGACACGUGCAGGACACUCAUCUCAUAAACAUGUAUGCAGGCAUUUGGGUAAGAAGAGGGAGAUUUUGAUGUCUUUUAUAAUUGUUAGCUGAGUAUUUAAAUGUGGAAAACCCUUAAAGUGAAAGAUCAGCUUAAAAUGAAAAAAUCUCAUUUACUCAUCCUAAUGUCGUUCCAAACCCAUAAGACUUUGGUUCAUCUCCGAAACACAAAGUAAGAUAUUUUAAUGAAACCUGAGAUGUUUCUGUCCCUUCCAUUGAAGGUCCAGGUGACCAAAAGAUCUAAAAGGUCACAAAGGGAAGAGAUACAAUCAAUUUAUAUGAACAGAUUUAAUUGAAGCUUUUCUUUGCAUCUAAACAAUGAACGACAUGCAUAGAGCACAUUAAAUAUGUCGCAGUGGAGGGACAGUAGGAAAGUCUUGUGACUUUGGAAUGACAUGAGGACAAAUAAAUUAUGACAGCAUUUUUGGGUGAAUUAUCCAUUUUAAAAGCUUUGUUCUAUAGCAAAUAUGUUUUAUUAGCAACAGGCCAUGCUUAACAAUGUGCAUUCAUAAUGAAUGACUUCAAGACUUAAUAAAACUGGCUUUUAUUUGUUGUAUGUGGUGAUAUUCUGUAGUAUUUCAUAAUAGUUGUAAUAACAAAAGAGCAAUUGCUUAUGUCAGAGAACUCAAUGAAGAAUAAAACUCUGCCACCUGGUGGUUGAACAUGGCAAAUACACAGGUGCUAGACACUUGUAUUAUGCCACAUCACAACAUUAUUAGAGAAAAUAUUAACUUCUCUACUAUCUGUACAGUUUCACUAUUUGUUCUGUAUAAGAGUUUAGGAAAUUGUUUUGUUUCUGGCCUGAAUGUAAUGCUUUACAUUAUUAUGCAUUUUAAAUUAUAUGUAAAUACUUUGUUUUAAAUACCUCUGUCAGUGACCGAGAUUUCAUUAGAAUGACUUCUGUGCAAAAUAUCAAUGAUUAUAUGGAUAGACAAGAAAAAUAAAUCAAGGAAUUCAUUAAUGUCUGUGUUUACAAAUAUAAAGUAAUUAUAA